UAGAAGAUAUGCAAAGGUCUUUGGAAAUGUUAAAGAUUAAAGUGGACAUGAUGGAGAAAACAAAAUCUCCCUUAACAUUUGAGCAAAAAGAGAAGGCCCGCAAUCAUUCCAAACCUGUGUUUGAUGCUCGUGUCGAUGUACUGCCAGUCCACUGUCCUAACGUACCGCUUCCUUCAAAUUGUGCCAAGGCCACUGCUUGCACUGAGACCAGUGGUUAUUACAACAUCACUGUUUCGCGCUACAACAAUCACACUUUUCAGGCCUUCUGUGAUUAUCGCACCAAGGGAGGUGAUUGGCUGCAUAUCCUUCAGCGCAUUGAUGGUACGGAAAACUUCGCUAGACCCUGGUCGGAUUAUGUGAAUGGUUUUGGGGCCGUGGAUGGUGAAUAUUGGAUAGGUUUGGAAAAUCUCUAUGCCCUCACCAAUCAUGAUGGUCCUCAAGAGUUGUAUGUCUACAUGCAUAACUUUAAUCGCUCUACACGCUAUGCUCGCUACGAUCAUUUUGUCAUUGGCAAUGCUGAGCAGAAAUAUGCGCUAAAGUCUUUGGGCAAGUACACCGGCACCGCUGGUGAUAGCCUAGCCUAUUCGUUGGGAGCCUCCUUCAGUACCCAUGAUCAGGAUAGUGAUACACAUGAGCAGAAUUGUGCUGCCAUACAUAAGGGUGGCUGGUGGUAUAAAAACUGUGCUCGAACCGUUCCCACUGGGUUCUAUCAUCAAGGAAAAUACAAUGGCAAAUAUGCGAAUGGUAUCUAUUGGAGAGAUUGGCUAGAACUCUGGUAUUCAAUGAAAUAUUUCGUUAUGAUGAUAAGACGUCAGAGAAUAUUUUUGGAUUAGUAGCAAAGGGGCGAGAAGAAAAAGAAAUCUAUUUCAGCUGAAAUAAAUUUU